AUUUCCCACCUUUAGUGCCUUUAGUUCAGCUCCAUUUGUUUUUCUGGCCCUUCCUCCAGCUUCCUUUCUCCUUCUCUUCUUCCUAUCUUCAUCCUCUUCUUCCCAUCUUUUUUCUCAUACCAAUAUAUUUUCGGUCAUUUUGGGAGUGGCUGAUGUAGAAAGGAGAAAUUGGGCUUUAUUGGGUAAAAGGUGGUUUAGGUUUGGUGAUGGGAUUAGGGUUUAUGGAAGAAAGUGAUUUGGAAAAAAUAUUAUGGGGGUCGCAGCAAGGUUGAUAUUACAUCUUUUCGAGUUUUGCAUAUGUCUCAAGUGUGGAAGGACAUAGUGAAGGUUUGUAAGGAGUCAGGUAGGUUGGGUUUAAUGUUAGAAAAGGGUUUUCAAUGGGAAGUUGGAGAUGGAGGUCGUGUGGUUUUUUGGGAAGAUAAGAUAUGGAAUUUUGGUCUACCGAUCAUUGGGUAUGGGAUUGUCAGUGGAGAUGAGAUUGUACUGGAAGAGUUGGUGAUGAGGAAGAAAAGUUUGGGGAGGUGAUUAACGGCAUUAAGGUAAGGAAUGAUAAAGUUGAUUCUUGGAGAUGGGUUCAUAGUGCUGAUGGGGUCUAUGAUGUAAAAGCUGCUUAUGAUUUUUUAACACCUAAUGAUUAUCUUCUUGAUAGGAAAUGAUUUAGAAUUAUUUGGUGUAAAUUUGCUCCUUCUAAAUUGAGUGUUUUUGGGUGGAGAUUAUUUUUGGAUAGGUUGGCAACAAAUGAUAAUUUAAUAAAAAGGGAUUGUUUUGAUGGGGAGGGACAGUGGUUGUGGGUUAUGUGGUGAGGGAGUAGAAUAGUUACAACAUAUCUUUUGUGAGUGUAAAGGGGUAUAGUUUGUGUGGAUGAAGGUAUUGGGAUGGUGGGGUUUGGAGAGUGUUUUGCC